AGCUGGUCCGUGGCUCGGGCUCCCGGGCCCUCCGCCGAGCCCGCCGCUGGCGCACCCCGCGCGCCAGGCCAGAGCUCGCGGAUGUCCGCCCACACCGUGUUGCUGACGAGCGAGGGCACGGCCGCGACCUGCGGCCGCAAUGCUGCUGGCCAGUGCGACAUCCCAGCUCUCGCCGCAGGCCAGAUCUACACGCAGGUGGCCGCAGGAGGUGCCCACACCGUCCUGUUGACGAGUGAGGGCACGGCCGCGGCCUGCGGCCUCAAUAGUGGCGGCCAGUGCGACAUCCCAGCUCUCGUCGCAGGCCAGACUUACACGCAGGUCGCCGCAGGAGACGCCCACACCGUCCUGCUGACGAGCGAGGGCACGGCCGCGGCUUGCGGCCGCAAUGGUUUAGGCCAGUGCGACAUCCCAGAGCUCAUCGCAGGCCAGACCUACACGCAGGUCGCCGCAGGAGGUGCCCACACCGUCCUGUUGACGAGCGAGGGCACGGCCGUGGCUUGCGGCCGCAAUUUCGAAGGCCAGUGCGUCAUCCCAGAGCUCGUCGCAGGCCACACCUACAUCCAGGUCGAUGCAGGAGACGUCCACACCGUCCUGCUGACGAGCGAGGGGACGGCCGUGGUCUGCGGCCGCAGUGACGAAGGCCAGUGCGACAUCCCGGAGCUCGUCGCAGGCCAGACCUACACGCAGGUCGCCGCCGGAGACGCCCACACCGUCCUGCUGACGAGCGAGGGCACGGCCGUGGCCUGCGGCCGCAAUGACGAAGGCCAGUGCGACAUCCCAGAGCUCAUCGCAGGCCAGACCUACACGCAGGUCGCCCCAGGAGACGUCCACACUGUCCUGUUGACGAGCGAGGGGAGGGCUGUGGUCUGCGGCCGCAAUAGCGACGGCCAGUGCGACAUCCCGGAGCUCGUCGCAGGCCAGACCUACGGAGCUCACUUGAUGCCAGCGUUACUCCUUCAGGCGUCCUUCGACGGCGAAUCGAUACGGUUCGUGACUCUUCGCGGUGUGGAGCGCUGCCGAGUUCUCGCCGUGCCCACCUCCCGCCUCGCAGCUUUGAAUGACCAGCUGAUGGGCGAUCUUCGCGCGGGCAGAUUCGGCUCCAGAGUCGCACGGGUGGAUGCUGUCUUGCCAGAUGGCCGGUUAUUGAGCGACUUGCCUGCCGAGGAGACGGUCGCGAGUGCUUUCGGGCUCGCCUUGCCAGCCUGAGCCGCCAUUACGGUUGUCAGGAUGUCUUCCAGGGCAGAUCUUGGAAGGUACGCGGUUGGGCGCUCGCUCCGAAAUCAUCUGUGCCGCCCAGUCAAACUGACGCUGUGCUCAGCCCAGGCAGCCCCAGACAAUGUGUAAGGUGGGGGCCCUGGAAGUCUCUUCGAGUCUUCUUGGAUUCCUCUUGGGGCCAUCCUGGAAACUAUCGGAAGACACGGUGUAUCCUCAAUUGCCGUUGCGUGAUCGAGCCAGA